AUAACUUUCUGCCUGGUCAUUUCGUUCCAUUUCCUUUUUUGGCAGAAAAGUGAAUUUAUUGUUAAAUUAUUGCUAGGGCAAUAUAUUAUAUAUUAAAUCUCUUGAUUAUAAGUGAUACCAUGACGCAUUCGUCGUUUAAUCGAGUAUACAGCUCAUCCGUGUAAAUAGAUCCUGGAGACAAAUGUUCGUGCUUAUCAAUCCACAAACACCCGCAGUACAAAUAUAUGCAAAUAAGUGAAUACUUAUGCCUUUGAACGAGUCCAAAGAAAGUAAUAAAAUUUUCAGAAACAAAUCUAAACAAUGACAGCUGAUUCCAGUGCACGUAAUGUUUUCCGAAAGAAUGGCGUUGCCGGCUUGGGCAACAACGGUCAUGGUCGCAAUCUUAUUACGACCGCGAAUCCCUCCGGCGGAAGUAGCGCCUCCCUACUCCAGAAACAGUUGUCCUUCAAAACGCCCGUUGGUUCCAAACAAAUCGGCAAAUCCGAUGAAAUCGAAAUGAUUGACAGUGCAAACAUCGAAAAUUUUAACACACGAUAUAACAAGAACAGCAUUAUAGGAUGGAUAUGCUGUGCCCCCUGCAUUUGGCUGCGAACAUCAGCAGCGGUGCACAAAAUGGCCAUCACAUCAGCCACUUUACUGGUCACCACACUGCUGGUAGCAUCGCCCAUCUUGUUUUUGAUAAGCACGGCUCCCUCACCUCUGCCCAGAGAUUGUUAUAUGGAUGGAGAUCGGUGUUCGCCCGCCGUCUCAACACCUCCAGAAUGCUCGGAUGCCAUUUGCGAGGCAGUGGCCUCCAGCAUUCAGGCCAGACUCAAUUGGAACAAGGACCCAUGCACAGAGUUUAAAAAGUUUAGCUGUUGGCGCAACACGCGGAAUAAAAAUAUAACAAAUCUUAUUGAGAUGGGAAACUCCCAGAAAAGCGUCGAUUCACAAAUGCUGUAUCUUUUCCAGAACAAGAUUAUGAACGGCAGCUUUAAUAUAUUGCACAAUUUGUUCGAAAGCUGCUUGCAGCAGACAACUAACUCAACUAUUAUGCACAAGAUAUUCGACACCUUAGGAGGAUAUCUACCUGUUGGUUCAGUGGGACCGUCGAGCAUAGCACCUUUGAUAGCUAAGAUAUAUGAUCUCGGUCCAAGCCCAUUAGUAGACUUAUAUUAUGAUCUAAGCUAUGGAAGAAGACCGCACAUUCUUCUCAUUAUUAGUGGACCUAGUACAUCCUCAACUAUUCUCGAGCGUAAAAUACGUUGGAUGAGCCCCAAAGCACCGCCCAGUCGUAUUCGACAAGGGGUACCAAAACUGUUAGCCGAUUUAAUCGAAAAUUUUCUACCCUAUUUUGUGUCAUAUGCUCAAAGAGUUUCUGAGAAGGAUACUAUUUUUGAAUUCAUUAAGGACUUGAACAAGCUUCAAGUCGAGCACUCUCGCCGUGGAUUCUGGGAUAGUACUGUUUUAUAUAAUGUAUCUAGUCUACAAGACUUGUAUCCAGUUCUAAAUUGGACAUUGUUAAUCCCACAGAAUUGGAGCGGACCCAUCGUUGUCAGGAAUAGUGAUUAUCUUAAAGCCUUAGAAUAUUUUCUUACGAAGUACCCAACUAGAGUUGCACAUAAUUCACUGCUAUUACUGAGCGCUUUAGAAAUAUUGCCAAGGGAUUAUCCAAGCCCUGAGGUAUGCACCAGAUCUACAAUGUGGGCUCUACCCGAGCUGUCCUCAUCCUUAUACAUUGCUCAACACUCAUCGGAAGAUUUAAAGGACACCACAAAACGCGCGGAGAUAAUUUUUAAAUCGCUGAAAGCACACUUAAAGAGAGCACCUUCUUUGAAAGGAGCUGCCCUUGUUAAACUGUCGGCAUUGAAGAUCCAGUCGCAAACCUGGGAAGGAUUUUCAAACACAACGGACUUAUUAAAGACUCUUCAAUCCUUGGAUAUAACAGCAGAAUGCUGGUUUCAAAACAUUUUAGAGAUUUACAAGAAGAACAAACUGGUACCAAACGAUAUAAGCUUGAACGGAGGUUCGCAUGAUGCUUGGGCUUACCCUAUUGUGUCAACCAUAUUUUAUGAUACACUGAGCCAUUCAAUCGUUGUUCCAUUAUCUGUCAUACUCAUACCGUAUUUCAAUGCUGUAUUGCCUCCAUAUUUACAUUACGCAUCUGUUGGUGUUUCCAUUGCCAAAGAGAUUUUAAGAUCUAUCACAAAAUCGUUUGACGAAAAGGCUAUGCGUUGUGUACCACAUUCUGUAAAUAUAUUUUCGAACUAUAGUCGAAUGGAUAUUCUGAUACAUUCAGGAGGAAUGCAGAUCUCAUACCACUCAAUGCUUUCCCUAACCGGUCCUAUUAAAGGAAUGGCAAGACUACCUGGCCUGAAUUUAACGCCGACACAAAUCUUCUUUUUAGUUUCGGCUCAGGAACUCUGUGCUGAAUCGAACUACUUGGGUAUCGAUACAAAUGCUCCCGAGUUUGAUAACAUAUUGGGUUGGCUCGUUGCCCAAGGUGGGAGUGCGACUGAAGUUUUCAAAUGUCCAUCGGGAUCUAUGAUCAAUAUACAAAAAACCUGCAAUGUGCUUUAAAUAUUAUUUGAACGUCACCUUCGACUAUUUACUUUGUCUAAGAUCCAAACACAGUUUAAAAUAUUGUAGCUCUAGAGACUUACCUAUUAGUAUUGUUUUUUAUUUUAAAUGAAAAUGUAUAUUUUAAAUAAAUAUACUGUUAAUAAAUUGUUGGUUUAUAUUUAAA